AAGUUAAUAAUCGAUUGAAAAUGAGUAAUAUCGAAAUGUGAUAUUUCUUUUGCAUAUUAUUUUUCAGAUUCUUCCUCUUGCCACAAUUGAAAUUUAAAAAUUUAAUUUUUUAAUCUUGCUAAAAAUUUUUUUAGAAAAGUUUAGUUUUUUAGUCUUUUGCUAAAAAUUGUUGCUGACUCGAAUAAUUGUUAAAAGAAAAUGGCUUCCUACACAACAUUUUCCAUUUUACUAUUGCUAAUUGGUUUAACGAGUUGUUAUAAGCCAGUUAUCCUAUUUCAUGGAAUACUUUCAGGUUCUGAAAAUAUGGUAUUGUUAGAAGAAACAAUAAAAUUAUUUCACCCUGGGACGAAAGUUUAUAAUUGUGGAAAAUUUCCAUAUUGGAAUAGUUUAGAAUCGUCUUGGAGACAAGUUAGAGAGUUAAAAAAAUAUUUAGAAGAAAUAAACGCUUUGCACCAUGAGGGAGUGCACUUUAUAGGAUAUUCACAAGGUGGGCUUUUAGGAAGAGCUGCCAUACAAUCAUAUCCGCAACAUAAUAUAAAAAACUUUAUAUCACUGUCAUCACCCCAAGCAGGGCAGUAUGGUGAUAGUUUUCUACGUCUUAUUUUUCCCAAUUUGGUCGCGAAAGAAGCUUUUGAACUUUUCUAUUCCCGCAUAGGUCAACACACGUCAAUUGGCGGUUACUGGAAUGAUCCUUUCAAUCAAGAGCUUUAUUUUAAAUUCAGCAAAUUUUUACCAUACAUUAAUAAUGAAAUUUUCUCCUUAAAUUCAACAAAUUUUAAAAAUGGAAUUAGUAAGCUUAACAAAAUGAUUUUAAUCGGAGGACCAAAUGACGGUGUUAUUACUCCUUGGGAGUCAAGUCAUUUUGGAUUUUAUAACAAAUCGUUAAGUGUAGUUCCUCUUUAUGAGCGCGAUAUUUACAUAAACGACGAAAUUGGUUUAAAAACACUUGAUAAGGCUGGAAAAUUAAUUCUCAUCGCUAAGUCGCACGUCAAUCAUUUAUGUUGGCAUACUAACCCUUGGAUAAUAAGGGAAGUUAUUUUACCUCACUUAGAUUAAUAAAGUAUGUCAACGAAUUUUAGUCUAAAAUUUAUAGAUUUAAUGCAAUUAAAAUUCUGUAAAAUCAAAUAAAGAGAUUUUUAACAAUUUUAUUUUUACAA